GUCGCAAGAGGGAACGCGCGGUCCACGACGUGACUUAUCGAAGAUCGAAGGGAGCAUGCGAAUCGCCUAGGCCUAGCCUACUGACACCAAGUGACAAUCAUAAUGGUGGUAUACAACCACGGGGAUGAUUUCGUGUUACCGUCGUCAGUUCUUUUACAUCCCGCUAUGGGAUUCGCAUUCACCGCGUAAAUGUAAACAGUGCGGCGAGGACGCUGAGUCGUUCAGUACGUCGUUGUUGUUUUCGGUGACUCUGCUCCCGUCCACGGUUUCACGGCGUCGGUGUCGGUGUAAAAAAAGACGGCAACGGCGGUGGAAUCGACGACGACAGUGUUAGUGCUAGCAACAUCUUCUUUUUAUUCUUUUGUGAAGUGUCAGUGUCAAUUGUUUGUCAUAUUUCUUGUCUAUAUACUUAUUUUGACUACCUGCUACCUCAUACAAUAAUAAAAAACGCCAAAACUACGACCGGCAUGGCUAAUGAUGGUGACACCUCCACUACGGCGGAGACGUCGUCUUUUUGAUGGAAAAUAUUGAAAACAUGAUUGAACAACAAGCAUUAGCUGAACAAACGGUCGAUUCUCCAGAUAGUGGGGCGCAUGCGGUAAUUGCCACUGCCGGUGGCAUGGAGACGCAGGUCGUUCGAAUGAGGCUCGUGUCACGCGCGUUGGUCGAAAGACGACGUAUCGUCAAACAAGAAGAGGCUGAUGGCCCUCUUUCCGUUAUUGUGCAACCUCAAGAAGAAUCCAGGGACUCAGAAUUACUUAGUCCUGGAAAACUUAGUCCUGGCACCGUAACAGUGGCUAAUAUGAUAGACAACAAUGAUUACCGCACCUUGAAUCCUGAGCCAACUUACCAGACGUUAACCUCUGUGAACGGCAGAAUGUCGCCUCCAGGAUAUAGUCCCAGUUCUUCUUAUGCAACUUUGACACCACUUCAACCUUUACCGCCCAUAUCAACGAUGUCAGACAAGUUUGCAUACGGACAUGCUAGUAAUGUAACUGGUUCAUUUACUGUCAUGCAAAACAAUAGUAUCAGUGGUAUAAAUUUGGGCUUAGGGGUAAAUGCUAACACAAAUUAUACGAUGACCAAUAUGGGAAUGACUCCACCGCACAACUACUCAUCGCCUGGAAUGGGAAUGCAGCAGCAACCUAGCCCAAUAAGUCCGCAAAGUUCGUAUAGCCAAAACGGUUUAUCUUCUCCACAGAAAAGCAUGUCUCCCCCGAGUUAUGAUUCUCCUUAUGGUACUCAAAGAGACAUUGUAGCUCGAUUACAUAGUCCUCAACUCAGUCCGCCUUCCGCGUCGCUCAGUUCGCCUGAUGGUACUCUAGUCACUAGUUUUAGUUCAGCUAAUUUAAAUGGACUCAGUUUACAAAAUCAUCCUCCUACCUUAGUGCAAAUCACACCUCAACCUAGAGACUGUUCUCCAUCACCACCAGUGGUAACUUUGCAGGCAGGCCCUGUGUCACAGCAACAACAAACGAUGCUCUCGUCAAAAAACACCAGUCCUGGAUCCCUAAGUGUUCCAGCUAUAGCGGCAGACGUUGAGGAAAUCAACACCAAAGAACUAGCUCAGAGGAUUAGUGCAGAACUGAAACGAUAUAGCAUUCCGCAAGCAAUUUUUGCCCAAAGGGUGUUGUGUCGGUCACAGGGGACACUUUCUGACUUGCUGAGAAAUCCAAAACCUUGGUCCAAGCUGAAAUCCGGUAGAGAAACAUUCAGGAGGAUGUGGAAAUGGCUGCAAGAACCAGAAUUUCAAAGAAUGUCUGCGUUAAGGCUUGCAGCUGCACAGAUACCUCAACGAGGCAGCUGCAAACGGAAAGAGGACCCUGCCACCAAUACGGAACAGUUGCCUACCCCGAAGAAACCGAGACUGGUUUUUACAGAUCUCCAGCGUCGUACUCUGCAGGCUAUUUUUAAGGAAACAAAGAGGCCAUCAAAAGAAAUGCAGGUAACGAUAGCACGGCAACUGGGCUUGGAACCGACAACUGUAGGUAAUUUCUUCAUGAACGCGCGAAGGAGGUCCAUGGAUAAAUGGAAAGACGAGGACCCGAAAGCCGUUUCUCAGGCCAUGCUCCACCAACAACUAUCACCAGGAAUGGAUCAAGACGACCUGGAUCAGGACGGAGAUAUGGACAAUGAUAUGGAUGAUCAUGACGAAGUCUUGUGACAUGCAUUUCGUGAUCGUCACUUGUUAUUGCUGUGACACUUUGUUUAAGUGUAGCAUUUUUAGAACAAUUAGAUUAGUGUAGAUUCACCAACAUUGUGUAUUUGACCUAUCGUUAUAAUUUUUGUUGGAUGCAAAUGUAUUUUACAAGACAAUCUAUAGUUAUGUACCAAUUUACUUGCAUAAUUCAAGGACAUAUGAUCCCAAUCUGCGAUAUUCUUUAAGAAUGUCCGUACUAAUGUAUUGUGGUUUCUAGGACUCAGGACACUUUGUAGUCUAGUCGCAACAUAAGGGGCCCCGUGGGAAAUUCUAGCUCGCCGUGAUUUGAUGGUGGUGUUAUGAGUUUGGGUCACUUAAUCCAAUCGAAGUGGUCUGCAAGCCCAAA